CAAUAAAGAGAGUCUCUUCAAUUGAGAGCGUAGAAGUGAAAUGGCCUGGGCCUUCCCCUGCAUCCGUCACAGAUGUCUCAGUUACUGAGGUUAAUGAAAUUCAGCCACAAGUCUCACCUGAGUUCAACACUUUUAUCCCUGACUCCAAGAGCUACAACAACCUGAAUCUAUAUUUAGGGAUCAGAGAAACUGUACCAAAUGAGGAUUUAGACUGCCUUGGGUUACCCAACUUGGGACUGACUUGCUACAUUAACUCUAUCCUGCAAAGCCUUCUCACCCUGACAUGCUUCGUUCAAGAGCUGCACAACCAGCUACCUGUGUGGAGUUCUGACCCCCAAGCCGAGCUCUUCAGAGCAAUUCUGGAUACUGAAGUCUCCUGCUUCUCCAACAUGAAAGAGGAGAAAAAAGCGGUUCUGUCCUUCUUUAAAAAGACCGUCGCUGGGUUUAAUUCAAAUUUUGAUGAUGACGGACAGAAAGAUGCCUCCGAGUUCCUCAUCUGUGUUCUGGACAUAAUGAGGUCCCUGUCACAAGAAAUGCAUCUGAGAGCGGCAAACUUGGGCUUGACCUACAAAUGUCCUGUCGCUGAACACAUUGCACUGCAGAUGAUGAGCACCAGAACCUGCAUGGGAUGCGGUGAUCAGACUCACACAGUGGAAGACUUUGUCAGCCUCAGUCUGGAUCUGGUCCCACGGGGAUCAGUGAACCAGUGUCUACAGGAGUACCUCAGGGAGGACCAUAUAGAACACAUAUGUGAUUGUGGAGCGAAGGACUCAUCAGUGCAGAGCUCAUUCCUUACUCUUCCAAACGUGCUGAUCCUGCACCUGAAGCGCUUUAAAUUCACCAGGUCAAACGCAGUGAAGAAGAUAAGAAAGCCCAUCAUUCUGUCGAGAGAACUUAUGGUGAGAGAAGAAUUCACAGCCACAAAACAUACAGCGACUUAUUAUUUUUUGGUGAGCAUCGUCAGCCACAUAGGGUCCAAAGCUGACAGCGGCCAUUACAUCUGCGACGGCAUUCACAGGAGGCAGAAUAUGGACAUUAUAGACGACUCUUGGCUGAUGUACGAUGACGAGCAUGUCAGCCAGACAACAGGAGAAGAGGUCUGCUGGUGGCGGGAGCGAACCGCUUUCCUGCUCUUCUAUGAAAAACUACCCUUGAAGAGAUAAAAGGCCUAUGACCAGGGCUGCAAUGGACCUGGCAGCAACUCCUGUAUUCUUUGAAUACUAUUAAACUGCAUCUUAAGUACC